UUGAGGCGGAGAUUGCUGAUCUGAAGAGUUAGUUGAAAACCCAAGAGCUCGAAGCUCAGAAAGCCAACUCCAAGUUUGAAUUCAGUGUCUCUGAACAAGAGAAGCUGAAGAAAAAAUUUGAAUCGGAGAAGAAAACUUGGGUUGAUGAGAGGGCUUCACUAGUGACUCGGGCUGAAACAGCAGAGGCAUCUCUUGCCGAGGCAACAAAUGAGCUGUCCGACUUAAAACGACAGAUAUCCCAAAUGGUCUCAGCCAUCUUCAGCCCCAGGAGUACCAAUCUGAAGGAAAAUAUGAUGAUCAAGCUUAAGGCAUUGUAUACCUUAGUAGAGCAGCUGUACUCCGGGUCACAACGUGCGUUGGCCGUUGUGGCCUUAUCAAAUACCACUCCUCGGCUCCUACAAGAUGUGUUGAGGCAUCUUUCGGUGCUAGCUCAACGAAUUCAGGACUUAAGGCGGGCAUCUGCAAGAGCCGGAGCUGUGGCUGCAUUGAGUCAGGCAAGAGCAUGGGUGACGGAACUUGACCUUGCUGAUCUCUCUCUCGGAUAUCCAAGCCUUAAGGAGGACAACACUGCUUUUGACGAACAAGACUUCACUGCCUGGGUUAAAGUCGUACGUCCCCUGGCGACUCUCAGUGGGAAUGAUACUGAUCUCACUAAGUAUUCGCCGGGUCACGAUAGCGAGAACCGGAGAAUCCCAAACGCCCCAUAUGACCAAGUCAGCCUGAUCCCUCCAAUGCUUAAGCAUACCUUUGCCCCUGAAGUGGAUCCGGCCAGCUUAAUAGAUAAUGAGGCUGAAUUUGAAGCUUUGAGCGGCAUUGACUGGGCCUCGUCCACCUUCCAGGACAAAACAAACAAAGGAGAGGCGGGGAAGGAUAACCCGGAGUCAUCAAGCCAGCCGGAGGAAUGA